UGUUGGGGCUACACGGGACCGGACACUAACACCGACAGCGACAUGGCUCCUUUCAUCGAGAGUCGAGUUCCUUAUGGAGUUGAAGUGGGCACAAUGCUGAUUUUUGGUCCGAUGUUCCGCGAGUUCUCCUGCGUCGCAGGCACAGAGUGCAAGAUCUUAGUCGAAGGAACUGGGUUGUCGUUGGACAAGAACCGGCUGUUUUUGAUAACUGGUGGUAGUUGUACGGUCGUCGUAAACUUCCUCUACGAAUAUCACAUUCUGAAGACGGCGGCGGUUACAUCUGUGCCGGUGUUGGAAGACACUACGGAACAAACACCGGAAACCGCGUACAUGCAUCCAACUUUUAAAACCGAUGCGGAUUUACCCUACACAGAGACGUUUUUGACUGGUAUCGACUCGACGCCCUAUGAUUUGGAGAAGCUGAACAUUACGCGAGUAGCGAACUACCAGAGGAGCACGAUUAUGGUUGGGCCUGUAGCAGUGACGCCAGGAGUACCAAUGAUUUCGACUUUGAACGAGUACACCAUGACGGCUGUGGACGUCAGAGGCAGUGAUCGGUUUGAGCUAUGCUACUUAGCCGACCCCUCGACCAGUUUGAACGCUGUGAAUUUCGGCUUCAUGCGGAUCAUCGGACCACGACCAGCAGCCAGGCCGUUCACGUGCUACCUUGGUUCGCCUUGCAUUCUCGGUGUAAACGGUGUCAAGCUGAAACGCGGAGUGAAUGUGUUGCAGAUCAACCGCAAGCCACAGUGUCAAGAGGAUUCUAAGCUGACGAUGGACACGAAAGCCUUCACAAAUCCAACUCCUAGUGGCUUUGACGUAGGCAAAGCCAUACGGGAAGGCUACCUAGAGUCCUGGAACGACGCUGAGUUCUACUUCCGCGAUAACGACCCACUGUUGGCAAGUAUCUUGGAACAACAACAGAAGGCAAGCUUGCUCGCUGGUACAACUACAUCCUCUGCUUCUGGUGCCUCGUCGAAUAAGUCCUCAACAUCCGCGAAUCCGAAAGACUCAACUGAGAUCCACUAUCACCACUUCGGCGUGCUGCUUGGAACGAGUGCUGACUAUGUGGGUGAGUACUUUGUGUGUUGGCGUGACAGUCCAGGAGUCGAAUACACGAUGAUGGGGACGUUGAAUUUGGUCGCUCCAACCUUAGUCAACAAAGCAUCCAAAUUCGACUGCGUCUUAGGACGUGAGUGCAAAACCGAGAUGGACUUGCAGGGUUUCGAUCAGAAAAACGCCAGUGAAUUCCGAUGGGCAUUCCCUAGAAUGCAACUGGUCGCAGGGGGUGCUCUCACAACAUCAACAGGUAGUUCUGCUACUUACGUCGAUCGCGACCAAUGCUACACGCCUGAUGUGACAGCGAGUGAUUUGGGUGCGAAGGGGCUGGAGGAAGCGAGCAGUGCAGGUGGAUCUACUGGCGCAGCUUCUACAGCUCUAUCCACCACGAAUUACCCCAUCGAAAUCGACUACGUGAAGCCGAAUUAUUUCGAAGGUUUGAGCGAGUUUCUGCCCUUCAUUUGGCCGCAAGGAGAUACUGCAACGACCGUGGUUCCUGUCGAAUUUGGCAUACCACGAAACGCCAGACCAGGUCGUUAUCUGCUUUGCUGGAGUCGUAGGGGUCGAGGUCAUAGGGUCCGCAUUGCUGAGAUCCACGUUCGAGGACCCGAAUUUCAGACAUCAGAGUGCGUUUUGGGUGUGCCUUGUGG